GCUGGGCUUAAAUCUCUGUGACCAAUAUAAAUAGCUCUGAAUAUUGAAUAACAGCAAACUGCAAAUACAUGUCGAGUAGUGUUCUUUCUACACACCAGAACUAACCCUGAUCCACAGGGAGAGGCACAGAGAGAGAUCAGAGAAGCAGAUUGAGAUAUGGCAGGUGGAGCAUUUGCAGAUGCAGGCACUCUUAAGAGGGCCCAUCUGUACGAGUACAAGAUUACUGGAUAUUUCAUAUUUGCAUGCAUUGUUGCAGCUCUUGGAGGGUCUCUCUUUGGGUAUGAUCUCGGUGUCUCAGGUGGAGUGACUUCCAUGGAUGAUUUUUUGAAGGAAUUCUUCCCAAAAGUGUAUAGAAGAAAGCAACAACAUCUCAAUGAAACUGAUUACUGUAAAUAUGACAACCAGGUCCUCACACUCUUUACAUCCUCCCUAUACUUUGCGGGCCUCAUUUCCACUUUUGGAGCGUCCUACGUGUCCAGAAAAUAUGGCAGAAGAGGCAGCAUCCUUGUUGGAGCAACGAGCUUCUUUCUAGGAGCAGUUCUCAAUGCAGCUGCAGUUAACAUUGCAAUGCUGAUCAUUGGGCGAAUCUUCCUCGGUGUUGGCAUUGGAUUUGGAAAUCAAGCAGUUCCCUUGUACCUUUCAGAGAUGGCUCCUGCAAAGAUCCGAGGGGCAGUUAACCAACUCUUUCAAUUGACCACUUGCCUAGGGAUUCUGAUAGCAAACUUCAUAAACUAUGGUACUGAACAACUCCAUCCUUGGGGUUGGAGAUUAUCUCUUGGUUUGGCCACUGUCCCAGCAACUCUAAUGUUUAUAGGGGGCGUUUUCCUUCCUGAGACCCCUAAUAGUCUUGUAGAACAAGGCAAACUAGAAGAAGGAAGAAGGGUAUUGGAGAAAGUCAGAGGUACAACAAAUGUAGAUGCAGAGUUUGCCGAUCUUGUUGAUGCAAGCAAUGCAGCAAGAGCUGUAAAACAUCCAUUCAGGAAUCUCCUCCAAAGGAGGAAUCGUCCCCAGUUGGUAAUAGGGGCUUUGGGGAUCCCAGCGUUCCAACAGCUCACAGGAAUGAACUCUAUACUUUUUUAUGCUCCAGUCAUAUUCCAAAGCUUGGGUUUUGGCUCAGAGGCAUCUCUAUAUUCAGCCAUUUUCACCAGUGGAGCGCUUGUUGUUGGUGCACUGAUAUCAAUGUCAUUAGUGGAUAAAUUUGGCAGAAGAGCUUUCUUUUUGGAAGCUGGUUCUGAAAUGAUAUUUUGCAUGGCAGCUGUCGCCAUAACUCUGGCGCUGAAGUUUGGGCAAGGAGAAACCCUCACUAAAGGAAUUGGCAUCUUUCUUGUGAUUGUGAUAUGCUUGUUUGUCUUGGCUUAUGGAAGAUCUUGGGGCCCUCUGGGUUGGCUAGUACCAAGCGAGAUCUUCCCACUCGAGACAAGGUCGGCUGGUCAGAGUGUUGUGGUCUGUGUCAACCUCCUCUUCACUGCAUUGAUAGCACAGUGUUUCCUGGUGUCACUGUGCCAUCUGCAAUAUGGAAUUUUCUUGCUGUUCGGAGGAUUAAUCAUCAUCAUGAGCUGCUUCAUCUUCUUCCUCUUGCCAGAAACAAAGCAAGUGCCAAUUGAGGAGGUGUAUCUGCUUUGGCAAAAUCAUUGGUUCUGGAAAAACAUAGUAAGAGAAACAGACCAAGCUGGUGACUCCGAUGGGAAAUCAACAUUGCAAGUUUAGAGUCCUCAGUAAAGAAAUCUCAUGAUUUAAUAAUUUAAUAAUUGCAAUUGUUUCUCGCAUUCAUAUUGUACUGAAUACUAGUGAAGUUUCAA